GCUGUGUUUCAUCGCCGGGCAUAAAUACCGCAAUCCCGCCCAUAUCAGAGUUCCGCACACACACACAGGCACACCUCACGGCCAACCCUCUGCAGAAUACUCGUCUCUUCACCGUCGACCUCUGCUGACUGACGAACGAUAAGCAAUCAUGCCGCACUCCUACCCGUUCCUGACCGCCGAGCAGAAGAAAGAGCUGAGCGACAUCGCUCAGAGGAUCGUGGCGCCGGGAAAAGGGAUCCUCGCCGCGGAUGAGUCAACAGGCAGCGUUGCUAAGCGCUUCCAGGGCAUCAACGCCGACAACACGGAGGAGAACCGGCGCCUGUACCGGCAGCUGCUGUUCACCGCGGACGACGUGGAGCCCUGCAUCGGCGGCGUGAUCUUCUUCCACGAGACGCUCUACCAGAAGACGGACGCCGGCCAGCUGUUCCCCGAACUCAUCAAGGACCGCGGGAUGGUCGUGGGCAUCAAGGUCGACAAGGGCGUCGUGCCACUCGCGGGCACCAACGGAGAGACCACCACCCAGGGUCUGGACGGGCUGUACGAGCGAUGUGCCCAGUAUAAGAAGGACGGCGCUGACUUUGCCAAGUGGCGCUGCGUGCUGAAGAUCACAGACAACACCCCCUCUGAGCUCGCCAUCAUGGAGAACGCCAACGUGCUCGCCCGCUACGCCAGCAUCUGCCAGAUGCAUGGCAUCGUGCCCAUCGUGGAGCCUGAGACUCCUGACGGAGACCAUAACCUGGCCAGGUGCCAGUAUGUGACGGAGAAGGUUCUGGCGGCCGUGUACAAGGCUCUGUCGGACCAUCACGUGUACCUGGAGGGAACCCUACUGAAGCCCAACAUGGUGACUGCCGGACACUCCUGCAGCCAGAAGAACAAGCCUCAGGAGAUCGCCAUGGCAACCGUCACCGCCCUGCGCCGCACCGUGCCCCCCGCCGUACCCGGCGUGACCUUCCUGUCCGGUGGGCAGAGCGAGGAGAAGGCGACCCUGAACCUGAACGCCAUGAACCAGUGUCCCCUGGGCCGCCCCUGGGCCCUCACCUUCUCCUACGGCCGCGCCCUGCAGGCCUCCGCACUCAAGGCCUGGAGCGGCAAGCCAGAGAACGGCAAGGCAUGCCAGGAUGAGUUCAUCAAGAGAGCGCAGAAUAACAGCAAGGCCGCUGUGGGGAAGUACGAGUCCACUGGGGACAGUGGAACAGCUGGAGAGUCUCUGUACGUGGCCAACCACGCCUACUGAACCCUCCUGAGCACUCAGCACCCCCCCGUUUCCAUAGCAGCGGUUGCCCCCUCCUAUUGUUCCAUCACCCUCGUCGCCAUAGCAGCGGUUGCCCCCCCCUAUUGUUCCAUCACCCGAGCGCUCUAGAACAUGAACGCCCCCCACACAUUGACACUCCACUCCUCCCUCACGUGAUCCUUCUCUCCCUCUCUCUCUCUCUCUCUCUCUCUCUCUCUCUCUCUCUCUCUCUCUCUCUCUCCCCUCUCUCUCUCUCACUCUCUAUCUCUCUCUCUCUCUCUCUCUCUCUCUCUUGUGGACUGAUCUAUCUGUUCACGACUCAUAGAAAACCAGUGUGUGUGUGUGUGUGUGUGUGUGUGUGUGCGCUCACUGUGUUGUUCAGAGCAGCGGUGUGUGAGUGUGUGUGCUCUCUCACAGCGUACUCUUGACUUUAAUAUAGCCAGUAGUGUUGAGACGAGCAGACACACUCAGAAAGGUCAAAGGUUAGCGUAUGAGUCUUCGUUGCCAGUAUGCCCUCCUCUUCCUCUCCUCUUCUCUUCUCUCCUAAUCACUCUUAAUCUUUCCUCUCCUCUCCUCUCCUAAUCUCUCUUAUUCUCUCCAUCAUUCCCGUCGCGCUCUGCUCCCGCCCGGCCCGUUGU